AUGCCCUGGUGCUCUCGCUCUUCGCUGGUGCUCUCGCUCUUCACCGCUGGGGUGGCUGCUGGUGCGCCGGGUGCGCCCUGCGAGGAGGGCCCGGUACUCAUCAUUGGCUCGGGCAUCUCCGGCUUGGUGGCUGCGCGCUCCUUGCAACACUUCGGAUGCCCGGUGCAGUUGCUGGAAGCGCUCGACCGCCCUGGGGGCCGCACUCACACCUUCUCCUCGGUCCCUUUCGCUGGCCUCGAGGAGGGUGCGCAUUGGGUGCAUGGCGGCACAGACAAUGUCCCGGUGUCAGUGCUGCUGCGCAUGAACAACAUCUCGCAGGUCCGCGUGGGCGGCGACGACGACUACGAAGGUCCCCGGCAGCGCCUGCGGCUCUUCGACGCCUCUGCGCGGCCGCUGGACGCCGCGCGGCGCGAGGUGAGCUUCGAGCUCUUUGAGACGGCGAUGGCGGCGGCCACGGCGUAUGCCGAGGGGCAUUACGGCCGUUUGGACCACGUGGCGGUGGCGGAGGUCUGGGACCUGGCCUUGAAGGUGAAGUAUUCCAAGGAGAGUCGAGCCCUGCUCUCCUGGCACCAGAAGGUCUCCUACGAACAGGACUCGGGCGCAAGCAUGACAGAGCUCAGCGCGGUGGCGGAGUAUGUCGAAGACUACACGGACUUCUACCCCGAUCGCUCCGAGGGCAUGGAAGAGCACGGUGAUGGCUUUGUGCAAGGCGGUUACUCCGCGCUGGUGCGUCGCUUGUCCGAGGGCCUCGACCUCCGCUUGAGCUCGCCCGUGACACGUGUGGACCAUUCGCCGCAGGGCGUCUCGGUGACCCUGCAGAGCGGCGAGCGCGUGCAAGGAAGUGCCGUGAUUGUCACCGCUUCGAUCGGAGCUUUGCAAGCAGAAGGCAUCGCCUUUCAACCCCCGCUGCCCAUCGAGAAGCAGAGGGCAUUGAGGCGUCUAAGGAUGGGAAACGUGGCCAAGGUGUUGGUGAAGCUCGCCCACUCCGCAAGAGACUUUCUAGGCGCUUACUCUUUGGGUUUCCUGGGCAAUGGCACCCUCUCUUACUGCAUCCGUGCGCGCCGAGAAGGCAAGGGGCCUUUCCUGGAAUGCUUCAUGGGAGGCCAUGAAGCAGUCGACGCGGAGCAGAUGGAUUUAGAGGAGCUCACCAGACAGGUGAAGCAGCAACUGGCGCCACUGCUAGGCGAUGCGGACGUGGAGUCGGUGGCCAUCACGCGCUGGGCCACGAAUCCCUACAUCCGUGGUGCUUGGAGCUUCGUCCCCGUGAACGCCAUCGUCCAGGAUUUCGAUACAGUCGCUGCCACCGUGGGCCAGCGGCUCCUUUUUGCCGGCGAAGGGACCUGCCGGCUGCUUUAUGGGAACGUCCAUGCCGCGGUGAUCAGUGGCGCUCGGGCGGCCUGCGAGAUCUUGGGUCGAAGCGGCAACAGCUCCUGGCCGCUCUUCCGAAAAGACCUCCUCCAUUUGUGCACUGAAAGUCCGACAUCUUCGUCGGCUCCAGCGUCAAGGGGACGCCGGAGCGCCAUGCACCUCAUGCGAGCACUGCGGCCAAGCCCAAGCUUGCUUCUGGUUUGA